AUGUCUUCAUUACAAAUCUCCAUUCUUUGUACUUUAUUGACAAUUAUAUUUGCUGAUAACAAGUCACUCUUUUUUACUUCGUCGAACUAUGAACUAUGGUGUCAAGAAAAUACCCUAUCCAGUUCCUUAUUUCUCUACUCAAAUCCAAUACCGAUUGGCAUCUACCGAACAUCAAACAUUAAAUCGCUUAGUUAUCAUCUCGUCGAUGAUACGAAUAAUGGCUUAUUUGAAGUAAAGAGUAAACGUUUAGCAGAUUUUUAUUUUCUUAUUCUAAAUAUAACACGACCAUUUGAUAUUAAUCGAGAAUAUCAAGAUGUUUAUACACUACGUAUUCAAGCCAAUAUCGUUACGACACAAGAAAAUCAAAGCGAACAAACAGAAGUUCGUCUACGAGUUGCUGAUUCGAAUGAUAAUGAUGGUGUGUUUGAUAUGGAUAUUUACGAGCAAACGUUUUUCACUCAAUCAAUUGCAAUUGAGCAAGCACUUUUACGAAUUCAUGCAAGUGACGCUGAUGAAAUUCAACAUGCUCAAAUACUUUAUGAAUUAGCAUCGCCAUUAAAUGAAACAUUUUCUCUUCAUCCAUUUACAGGUGAUUUGUAUCUGAUCACGAAAGAGAAUUUAACAACGCUAUAUGAAUUCGAUGUCUAUGCGUAUGAUCGUUAUCAGAAACGGCUCGUGGAUAAUAAUAUGAAAACGAAAGCGCGUGUGAAAUUAAGUUUUAACAAUUUGCCAAGAACUUCGCAAUAUUUUCAAACGAUGUUCAAUAAGACGAUUGAAGUUAGCGAAAUGAUCUCUUCUUAUGAAAUCAAGAUAUCCGAACGCAAAUCAUUUCAUCGUCUGAACCUUCAUCAGCCAAUCUUAACUAUUAAUAUUCAACCGGAAGAAAAAGACUUCGACGUUUUUCUUCUGGGAAAUUCGUCUGGAAAUGUGAACAACCUCUUUCUUCAAGGAAACAAUGUCUAUUUGAAUAAAUAUUCAAUUGAAGAAUAUAAUCUUCAAUUUUUAAUCUGUUUUAAUCAACAUCAACGACGAUGUCAAUAUGCAAAUUAUCAUAUCGUUCCUCGAAUCGAUUUUAAUGAAUACAAUUUUCAUUUUAAACCAAUGAAGAUCAUCUCUCUCGAUGAGAAUCUACCUGUCGAUUCAUUUAUAACACGUAUUGAACUUGCAUAUGCAAAUCUCUAUGAAGAUCAAUCAUUAACAAUCAAUUACAAACUAUUAAAUGACGAUAAAUAUCUUCAGUUCUAUCUCGAUUCGAAAACUGGUAUUCUACGCGUAGCAGAACGUCUAGAAUAUCGAAAUUAUACAUUGGAUCUUCAAGCCAAUAUUCAAUUAUUCAAUCGACGAUACUCCAUUGAAACAAAUCUACAACUUCACGUGAAAGAAAUCAAUAAACAUCGUCCAAUGUUUCGAAAUAGCACACCGAUGGAAUUAGUUCAAUUACCAUAUCAAUUUCAAGCAUACGAUCUCGAUCAGAAUAAGGAAACGAAUGGGCGAAUUACGUAUCGGUUAUUGAAUUGUCAAACUUCGUGUCCAUUUCUACUCGAUCCGAACAACGGAACAUUGAUGUUAAGAGGAAAAGAGUCGUUUCGGUCGAAUUCAAUGGCAACUUUACAAAUUCUUGCUUUCGAUUGGGGACAACCGAUAAGUUUAGAGAGUCGUAUCGACGUUCGUUUGGAUCUUUCGUCGAAGAUUUCAAAACGAGAUUUAGGAAGAACGCGCGCUUAUUCAAGACGUUGGAGAAAGAAAACCACAUCGAAUUUCUUGAUAACAAGUACAUCGACAAUGAGUUCAAUUGUUCCCGAACAAAAUGUUUACACAACGCCAUCACCAUCGAACAGCGACACUGUUUUUCUAAAUAUUGGCUUUCGAGAGAAUAGCAGUUCGUACUCUGUCUCAGAAGAUGCUCCGAUCAAUACGGUUAUCGAUCGUUUGAAAAUUGAAUCGGAUUCGUUUCCAUUGAAUAUCAAUGACGAAGAUGAUAAUUUAUUUUUUUACACGAUCAAUGAUACGAACGUUCCGUUUAUAAUUGAUCAAAAUACGAAAACUUUGAAACUGAUCGGUCGACUCGACCGCGAGAAACAAAGUCGAUACGUGUUUGAAAUUGAAUUAAAAUUCAAAUCGAUCUAUUCAAUGAAAUUAUCUGAACGUUAUCAUUGUGAAAAGAAAAGCAGCUCAUUAAUCAAUUUCGAAUAUACCAAGAAGUUUUAUCAAAAGAUCUUGAUCAUCAUUCAUAUAACCGAUGUUAAUGAUAACAUACCGACAUGUUCAUUAUUUCAUUCGAGAAUCUAUUUAAAUGAAAAUCGGAUAGAAAAAAAUCUCCUACGAAUCCAAGCAUUCGAUCCUGAUCUGGGUGAAAAUGGAACAAUUCAUUAUUCAUUGUUGAAUUACAACCAAUACUUUUCGAUCGAUGUGCUAACUGGACAACUUGAUUGCGUAAAAUCGGUUGAUUACGAAGAGUAUUCUGCAAUCGAUUUGCAUAUUCUCGCAUCGGAUCAAGGUCUUCAACCACAAUUGCAAUCGAUAUGUACAACUGUUCAUAUUCUCAUCAACAAUACUAACGAUAACACUCCACAAUUCUCGAUCGACAAGUAUGUCUUUGAUCUUUUUUCGGAUAUGCCGCGUUAUUCCAUAUUCGGGCAAAUCUAUGCGAUUGACGCUGAUAAAACCGAUCAAUUAAUCUAUUCGCUCAGCCCAAAUCCAUAUGUAACAAUUAAUAAGCAAACAGGUCAUCUCCGCUUGAAAAAUCAGCUACAUCGUCUGGUUAAUCAAGUGUUCAAUGUAACUGUUCAAGUGACGGAUGGUUUACAUAAGAAUCAAACAACGCUUAAUAUUUAUGUUAAAUCAUUUCCUGAUGCUCAAGAGCCUAUACUUUUACAUGACCCGGCAUAUGGAUUAACUAUUAAUGAAUCGUUAGCAGCUGGCUCAAUCCUAACGAAUGUUUAUCGUCGUUGGCAAUUGUUGGCAUCAACAAUUGAUUUCAUUGAAAUCGUUCACGAUGAAAUUAAAUCGCCAUUUGCCAUCGAUCAGCAAGGUAGGAUGACUUCGCCGUUCUUCGCUUUGUCUUCAUUCUCAAUCAAAAAAGGAUUUAAGAAAUUUAAUCCAUAUUCAGACUUCUGA